AUGUUGUACCUUAUAGGACUCGGUCUUGGUGAUGAAAAGGAUAUCAGUGUAAAAGGUUUAGAAAUCAUUCGUCAAUGUCAAUCUGUAUACUUAGAAGCCUAUACAAGUAUAUUAUAUGUGAGUAAAGAAAAAUUGGAAGCUUUUUAUGGCCGUUCAAUUACUCUAGUUAAUCGUGAGAAAGUUGAAUGUGAUGGCAAUAUGUUAUUGCAAGAAGCUCGUGAAAUGAACGUAGCACUACUGGUAGUGGGUGAUCCUCUAAGUGCAACAACACAUGUUGAUUUGUUAUUAAGAGCACGUCGAGAGAAUAUUCCUACGCAAAUUGUACAUAAUGCAUCAAUUAUGACAGCAAUUGGUGCAGUAGGUUUGCAGUUAUAUAAUUUUGGGCAAACGGUGUCAUUAGUCUUUUUUACAGAAACAUGGAAGCCUAAUAGUAUUUACUUUAAAAUUAAGGAAAACAGGGAUUUAGGACUGCAUACUUUGAUUUUAUUGGAUUUACAUGUACAAGAGCCAUUAUUUGAAAGUUAUAUAAAAGGGAAAAAAAUAUAUGAAGAGCCUCGCUUUAUGAGUAUUUCCCAUGCAAUUAGUCAGCUUUUGGAAUUGGAGUCAUUAUGUCAUGAAAAAGUAUAUGAUGAGUCAACAUUGGCUGUGGGUGUAUCAAGAAUGGGGUUUUCGACUGAGAAAAUAGUUGCAGGAUCAUUGAAGCAAUUAGCUUCUGUUGAUUUUGGUCCACCUUUGCACUCUUUAAUCUUGUUUGGGAACAAAAUACAUAUUUUGGAGAUAGAAUAUGUAAGGGAAUUUGCAUUGGAUGUAAAAAUAUUUGAUUCACUUGCGCAACAACAAUUCCCUUUUCUUUACAAAACUUAG